UAAGUAUUUCUGGAGCUUAGGGACGCAGUCGCAGGGCUUGGGCAGGUAGAUGACGCGUAAAGCCGCAUUCUGCGAAGCAGCUUAAAAGCAGAUUGACGACUCCAGCGCGGAAUACGCCCUCGGCCUGCUUUCGUCGACUCCCUCGUGCAAGGCAGGAGAUUCGUUCGAGCCUUCCCCUCGCAUGCCUCUUCUUGCCAGCACCGCAAUAACCACCACGAUCACCGAGCUGAUGCGCCAUGGCGUUGACUGCGCAUGACUCCAGUAAUCUCGAGCAUACCCAGGCUCCAGGAAAGCAUCGGCGAAGCCAGAUGCUGCGCCACAUCCAAGCUGCGAAAGCUCGACGAACCCCGAUAUGUUCGAGCCGCCGCCCCCAGAUGCGCUGCGAGAAAGGCACUUCAAUGGACGUGCACCAGAUUAACGAUCUUUAUUUAGGACGCUGUUGCCCCGGUGUGAAUCGCACUGCACCCUUUCAGCUACUACUCGCCUGAGCUCGCAUCUUACUACUCUCGUCCUCUCAGCUCGCAUCUUACUCUCGUCCUCUCACCUCGCACCCAAAAUCUUCGCCUUUGCGUGGCUUGGCCUAGGAACUCGAGUCGUGACUCCAUUGACAUUCCUCAGGAUGACGCACCGCAAGAUCCUCCUUGCCGUCUUGCUCCUGCUCGCCGGGCUCCUCGCGCUCUCUGUCCCCGCCGCUCACGGGGCUCGCUUCGGACUCUUUUCAGGCGCGAGGAGGGGGCUCCAGUCCGACGCCUGCGACGACGCGUACGACGCGACCGUGAGUGCGUGCGACAAAAAUGAAGCUAGGUGCUUGAAGAAAGCGCGGAACUCUAAAGCGAGGCAAGAUCGCUGCAGAGCCCAGGCGGACGACUGCACGUGGGGCGCGGUGGACGAGUACAAGCGAUGCACGAACCCGGAACUGCUCGGGUGCCUGAUCCGGUGCUCAAUGGACCAAAAUCGCUGCAACCGCGCGUUCGACAUGGGAUACGUGGAUACGCGAGAUCCGAUGUGUGAGAACGACUUCAACGAAUGCAACAACGAAUGCGAGACGCUUUACCCUGAGAAAUAGGUACCUAUCAACAGGAUUCUUGGAGGUACUGGCGGUAGUUAGUGCCUGCUUAGAGCAUAAGUUAGCCCUACAGUACCCAUGUCCCGUUUGACCAUGUGUUGUUUGACUGGAGUGGAGAGCAUUGCAUUUCAUGGUCCGAGGAUCCUGAAUGCUUCAAGAUGGCCACAAACAGCAGUGUAGGCAAGGCAAGCAUGUUUUUAUUACUUGUACUGCAAGGGGGGGGGCUGUACCGUUCCUACCACACCAUGGGUGAGGUUGAG